UCCCGCCCGCCCGGGACGCUGCCGCCUCCUUCCCACAAUGCACCCUGGCGCCCGGGGGUGCCCUCUCUUCCCUCAGCCUUCCUCCCCCGCCCCUCCUUUCCGCCGACUUCUCCACAGGCGGGCACGCGCAAAGAAGCGCGCCGGCCCGGGUGUGGCGAGGCGGAGGCUGGGCCUGGCGCGGCUGCCGCAGUGCGCCUGCGCGCAGCCUACCCCGCGAGGAGUGGACACUGCGCAUGCGGGCGUGUCUCCUGGGACUCCGGAGCGGCUGAGCCCCCGGUACCUUCGAAAUCGCCGUAGGCGCUGAAGGGCCGCGGGAUCAGGGAAGACCUUGCUGACUUGAUUUGCACACUCUCCGCAGACCUGCGUGCGCAAGUUGAACAGAGACGUGCGGGAGAUUGUAUUUCCGCCAGCUUUGCAGCUACUCCUUGGCCCCAUUAGUUUCUCAGGACGGGUCUCCCCAGCCUCGCCCGGAAGCUGAGGGGCGAAAACUCAGGGAAGCAAUUACUCUUCCCUGGUGAGGCUUCUGGAGGAGCAUUGAUAGCGACAUGAUUCCGCCUGCGGCCCCAUAGAGAUUGGUUCCUCUGUCUUCCCCUUACAGUCGUGGUCUUUUAACUUUCCUGUGUCAGAAUGAGUGACCGCUAUCUAGAACAAAGGAUUAGUAUCAAAUUUUGCGUGAAGUUGAACAAGUCUGCGAGUGAGACCCACCACCUUUUGAAAGAAGCUUAUGGGGACGAAGUCAUGUCAAGGGCCCGAGUUUUCGACUGGCAUAAAAGAUUUAAAGAAGGGCGGGAAGAUGUUCGAGAUGACGCCCGAAGUGGUCGUCCAGUCACCCAUCGGACAGAUGAAAAUAUCCAGAAAGUCAAGGACUUGGUUUGUUCAAACAGGCGGCUGACGGUGAGGAUGAUCGCCGAAGAGUUAAAUUUAGAUAAAGAAACCGUUAGACUCAUUCUGAAAGAAAACUUGAAUAUGAGGAAAGUUUCUGCAAAAGUUAUGUCAGGUAUUUUGAAAGAGGAACCUAAACCUCGGAGAUUUGACUUUCGGUCUGAUCUUUCAAAGGAAAGUAGGAAGAAUAGCUCGUGUGUAAGGAAAAAGACAAGUUCUGACACGUGGACUCAUCCUCAGUGUGAAGCUGGUGGGGAACUAACCCUGCCCGUACCUCAUCCCCAGAACCACUAACCCUGCCAGCCAGCUUCUGCAGGCUUCGUCAGCAGGCCUUCCCACCAGGACAGCUCAGGAUUGGUUCACACCCUGGUGAAAGGAAUGUGAGGUAGCUGAGCCUGAGCUAGAAAGCUGCCUCAGGGUUAGGCACCUUCAUACGCUACUCAUGCUACUCAUCCGUUUUCAGCCUUUACUGCUCUUUCUCGACAUUGUAUGGCCCUCCUCGUUACUCUUGCUGGACUACUGGGCCAUCUUCCAAUUUUGAGGAACUUUUGGCUGUUGACUUAGGAUACUUGCUUGUUCUCAGUUUCUUUUGCUUAACAAGUUUGGAUCUCCUCACUGCCCAAAUCUUAGCUUGUUGCGGCUGUCCCUGUUCCUGUGUUCUCGACAUUCUGCCUCAGGGGAUCAUACUAUUGAAAGGUGGGAACAGGACCUCCCAGAGUCCUUCUGUGCCCAAGAAGGCAUAUUCUUGGGAGGACCCCAAAAGAAGACCUACAAUCCCAGCCUGCUUCACAGGCCGGACCUGAGGGCUGGAGUGAGCCUUCCAAAGAUGCUGGACCAAGACCAUGCUGGAGCAUAGGGUACCAGAAGCAUUGUUGGCCCAGACAGGGUUUGGACACAGCAACUGGAAGCAGGUAACGAGCAAAAACAGAAUGAAAUAUUCACCAAUCUUUGAUUUCAAAAAACAUCUGAAUUCUGCCCCUGGCUCUGAAUCCUCAUUGAAAGAUUAUUGUUUGGGAAAGCUCUGGCCUGCUUUCCAGAGCUUUCUUUUCAGAUCCAUUUCUUAGAGUUCAGAUUUGCCAGUGGAGAUGCCUAGAUCAAUCUGGGUACCAACUGAGUUGAGGACAUCUAGUAAAAGACAGUGGGUACUGUUGGGGAACUGUCGGUCUCUGCAUCACAUACACUGCCCAGCCAGCCUGCUGUUUGAAGACCACUUUGUCAGCAAGUCUCACGAGGCUCCUUGGGAUUGGGUCUCACCAGGGUCUCAUGUAGCUCAAUUAGCAAGAGGUUCCUUUACUGCUGGAACAAAAGGUUCAUUUGCUGCUGGGACUAUAUAUACAACCUGCGUUCUCCAACUGCUUCUUGGUUGGAUAAGACUUUUCAGAUUUUACCAGGCUUUACACACCAUCCAAGGCAAUUGUAUUUAUUUGCUUUAGUCUCUACCUUAUCAGAUUCUUGUGAAUACUGUCCCAGUUGCAUCACCCUUCUCUCAGUAUUAAUAACUAGAAAUAAAAAAUCUAUAGUAGGAAAGUUCACUACCUCCAAGGACUCUUGGGUCUAGCGAAGGGGUCAACUUUUUCUGUAGAGGAAAUGUCUUAGGAUUUGUGGGCCAUAUAGCCUGUGUUUAACUGCUCAGCAUUGCAAAAGCAGACCUAACUAAUACAGAAACACAUAAACAUGGCUAUGUCCUAAUAAAACUUUAUUUAUGGAUACUGGAAUUUGAAUUUCAUAUGGUUUUCACAUGUUACAAAAUACUAUUUUGAUUUUGUUUGAUUGUUUAAAAACUUGAAAAGCCAUUCUUAGAUUUCUUAGCUUAUACACCAGAGAAAAACAGAUGGUGGGCCAGGUUUGGCCCAUGGACCAUAGUUUGCCUACCCUUUGUCCAAUGUAUAUAAAGUGUGUAUAUAAAAUGACAGAUGAUUGACCCCUUCCCAUCAAUAACGUUGUUAAUGUCGUAUUGAUGCAGCAGUGUCUGACAGUUUACAAAUGGAAAUUGUGGAAUAUUGAAGGGAAUCUUUACAAUGCCAGGAGAGUGAACUAGAACUGAAUGAUUAACUAGUUAAUUUCAACCGUAUUGACUAAAAAUGAGAUAAACACAGAUUAAUAUCUAUAUUAUGCCCUUAUAAUAUCUCAGAAACAGUUUGGGCCAUACUGCAAAUAGUUCUAAGUUGCAACCAUGGUAUUUAUAAUCUAGCCAGUCAAAUUUCCCUUGAAUCCAGGAGUGAUUAACUCCUAUAGCUGCUGAAAAAAUGCAUCUGAAAGAAGUCUGUGUUAAUUCAACACGUUUUUAUCAAGUGACUUUAUGUGCCAGACACUGUCCUAUGUGCUGGGGUGCAGCAAUGGACCAAACAGACACAGGCCUUAGAUCUGACAGUCUGCAAUCUAAUUAUGUCAUUAUUCUUCAUUUUUAUAGAACUCCUCUUCCAUGUGCUCACACUAACUCAUUGUUCAUUGAAUACCCGGCAACAGGUCUGACCUUUGCCAGAGACCUCUGUGCUGCGGUCAUGAAGCCUCUCCAACUGCAUGAAUAAUUUGAGGACUAUAUGUUCCACUUAAAUUUUAUUAUCCUUUAGACAGAUCUGUAUUGGUAGAAAAAACGCUGGCAGUGUUGGAAGUGUAAAUUGGCAACAGCUUUCUGAAAAGCAAUUUGGCAGUAUCUAUCAGGAGGUUUAAAAAUGUUUAUAUCUUCUGAUCCUCUAAUUUUGCUUCUGGGACUCUUUCCUAAAGAAAUAGUCUAAAAUGUGGGCAGAAUUUAUGCUUAACAAUCCAGAAGUCCAACUGUAGAAAAUUGGCUAAAUAAAUUACAGUAUGACCAUACAAUAGACUAUUAUGUAGUCAUUAUAAUUAACGUUUAUGAAUAGUUAAAAGAGCAUGGCAAAAUGCUUAUAAUGUUAAAUGAAAAGAGUGGUACACAGGAUAGUAUAUAUAAAUCCAAAGAUGUUUCUUUUUAAAUGACUGAAACAGGUAUGCUGACUCUGGGUGGUUGGGGUAUAAGUGUUUUUUUAAAAUUUUUUUGCUUCUUCUCUUUUAAAAAUUUCUCCAAAAUAUUACCACUUUUACUAUCAGAAUAAAAUGGUAGCACCAAAAGGUGUCAAUGGAGACAGGCCAAACCUCUAGUUUGGUCCAUGAACAAUAAACUGGCUAGGUGGACACGGAAGCAUUAUGAUACUGAAUUGGUAGCAAGAAUGGGACAGAAGGGGAAAGGGCCUGCCAAGGAGAAGGCGAGUGACCAGAAUCCCUACAGAAAAACCAAGGUGAGAGAAGUUAACCAUGAGUGGCAUGUUCCUGUGGCAUAAUCUUAGGUAAAUAAAAGAACACAUAAAUCGAGUAUGUUCUGACAAUGGGAAAGGAUAUGGAAUACUCUCCCAAGCAAAAUUAACCUCAUUCUUGUAUUCUUUCAUACAAAGUGAAUAUUCUCAAGAUGGAUUUUAUCACAGUUGAUUCUCUGAAGAAUCCUUGAGCCUCCCAUAUCAUUUUUUUAAGGAUAGGAAUGGCUUUUGAUGUGCCAAGCUCUACCUCCUCCCACACUAGGACAUUCAAGCAACACGGAUGUACAUGGGAAUAUUUGGUAUUCCACACUGAUAAUUCCACAGCAUGUCAUUAGUCAUCCUAAUGUAACUUGCAAAAAUAAAGUUUGCAAAUGUUAUUUUGAUGAA